UCCCCCAGCCCUGCCGGAGCUCGAGGGAGCCCUCCAGACCAUGGCACCCAGAAGAGCCCGGAAAAAAGCAGAAGGAGGAGCCAGCUCCAACGUCUUCUCCAUGUUUGAUCAGUCCCAGAUCCAGGAGUUUAAAGAGGCCUUCACCAUCAUGGAUCAGAACCGGGAUGGCUUCAUUGACAAGGAGGACCUGAGGGACACCUUUGCUGCCCUGGGCCGCAUCAAUGUAAAGAAUGAGGAGCUAGAGGCCAUGGUGAAGGAGGCCCCUGGGCCCAUCAACUUCACCGUCUUCCUGACCAUGUUUGGGGAGAAGCUGAAGGGUACAGACCCCGAGGAGACCAUUCUCCACGCCUUCAAGGUGUUCGACACUGAAGGGAAAGGUUUCGUCAAGGCUGACUUCAUCAAAGAGAAGCUGAUGACUCAGGCAGACCGGUUCAGUGAGGAGGAGGUCAAGCAGAUGUUUGCCGCUUUCCCACCCGAUGUGUGUGGCAAUCUGGACUACAGGAACCUGUGUUACGUCAUCACGCAUGGCGAAGAGAAGGACUAGACGGAGACCACGGACCCUCCCCCCCGAACCACCCCCCCCACAUUCAGACGGGAGGGGUGGCCUUUGAGGAGCCCCUGUGGUCAACAUGUGCGAAGAGAAGACUCCCUGGCUUGUGGGUCAGGGGCAAAAGCAAGAAUAAAUAAUGCU